AUGGAUCCCGUGGCCAGCAGCUGCAUGAGGAGCCCCCACCCCCCGGCCCCGGUCUGGGGCUGCCUUCGAAAUCCCCACUCUGAAGGCAGUGGGGCCUCGGGGCUGCCCCGCUACCCGCCAACACCGUUCUCCUUCCACCAGAAACCAGACUUCCCGGCGACAGCGACGGCAGCGUACCCCGACUUCUCAGCCUCCUGCCUGGCAGCCGCCCCACACAGCCUUCCCCGGGAGGAGCGCGUCUUCACUGAACAGCACCCCGCUUUCCCGCAGCCCCCCGACUGGCACUUCCCUGUCUCAGAGGCCCGGCGCAGGCUCAACCCGGGCCCAGCUGGGGGCUCCAGGGACGUGGGGGCCAGCAGCCCGGGCCUGGUGGACACCACGGGAGGCCCAGGCGAGGACUACGAGGUCCUGGGGAGCACUGCCCACGAGACGGAGAAGAAGUCCACCAGACGGAAAAAGGAGAGUUCAGACAACCCAGAGAGCCGAGGGAAGCCUGAUGGCAGCAGCAAGGCUCGAAAGGAGAGGACAGCCUUCACCAAGGAGCAGCUUCGGGAGCUUGAGGCCGAGUUUGCUCACCAUAACUACCUGACCCGGCUCCGGAGAUACGAGAUCGCUGUGAACCUGGACCUCUCGGAGCGGCAGGUCAAAGUGUGGUUCCAGAACCGAAGGAUGAAGUGGAAACGUGUGAAAGGGGGUCAGCCUAUCUCCCCCAGUGGGCAGGACCCAGAGGAUGGGGACUCUGCCGCCUCUCCAAGCUCAGAGUGA